AUGACUCUAUCCGUUGAUGAGAUGUUGAGACAACCCAAGAGAUUCUACCUCAAGAUAAUUGUUACAAAGACCUUCUUUCUUGGUUUAAAUUGCCACUUUAACGUAUUUAUUAAUUGUAUUCUUUAGUGAGAUUGAUCAAACAAUACUUGGAAUAUGUCAAAAUUUAAUUUUGGAAGCUUCAGAAACCUUUAUUUUGAAAGGAGGAAUUGAAAAUUAUCAUACAUUUUUUAAAAGAAUCUUUGAAUAAAUUUAAUCGUUUCUUUUGGAUAAUGCUAUUACUAUACUUCUAUCUGAUCUGUGA